UAAAAAGUAUCUUUAAUUCACAUGACAAUGUUAUAUUCAUUCAGACUUACUACUGGGAAGUGUUCCUAUUGAUACCAUUGAACUAAGCAUGCAUAGCCAAAAGUGCAACCUAACCCAACUGCCUUCUCUGUCGGUCUCCAGUUGGUUUUCCUCCCUCAGUCCCCCUCCUGCCAGGAGAAAAAAUUUAAUCAAGAUCAGCCAUUAAAGAUAGAACUCAUUCCUCCUGUGUUAUUCUCUUCAUUAACACCACUUCUUGUCUCCAAACUAUUUUAACAGCCAAAAAGACAGACUUGGCAAGGACCUGCUUGAUUCAUGAGAACUCCACUGGCACCUCAGUUGAAACCAUGGCAGAGGUGCCCAUGGACACGGCCUUCCAAAUGCCUGCCACCACAUAUCAUGUAACCAGAAUGGCCUAUCGUCCAGCAGAUAAGCCUGGAUAUGGAAACAAGGAGCAGGUCACAUACAACAUGGCUGGGGUGCCAUCCAACAAAACACCUCCCUCAAGGAGCUCCAGUAUGAACUCUUGGGACAUCUCCAAGAGUUCAGAAGAGGGUAAAACAAGAGAUGAACCCCUAGUUAUACGUCAAGCACCUCCUUCUGCACAGCACUUCCCAGCAAAAAGCCACAAUAAACAGAGCCACAGUUCCAAAACUCCCUCUGUCCAAUAUAUUCAGCAUGGAUCAUCUAAAAUAUCUGUUGGGAGAAGGGAUAACUUAGACAGCACAACUUCUAUGGGGAAUCACCAGGACAGAAGGCCUGCAAGUUCCCAAGAACUUGCUAAGUCUACCCAAGAAGCAGAAGCCAACUUUUUUAAUUCAGAUGAAUCAACAGGCAGGCUAUAUCAAUCUGUAGGGACUGAGUUGCUCCGCUCCCCCCCAAAAAAUAUAAAGAGUAGCUGUGAAGACAUCAAAGAAGCCAAGACUGUUCUGAGUGCCAAAGACUCCUUGGCAUCAAGUACACAAGAAGUUAAAGCUGAAGGGAAGCCCCUUCAGGAAAAGAAAAGCAAUCUAGUGCCUGCUAAUAUCAAAGCCAAAUAUGGCACCACAGCAGUGGAGAAGUUGAUAUCAGAGGAGCAGGCACGGCGUGCUCUUUGUGAAGCUGGACUGAUCCAAGGACAGAAAAGACUCAGUGACUGGCCAUUCAAACCCCUUGAGAAUCCCAUGGCAACUUCACCUUAUGCUGAUUAUUAUGAACUGGGUUAUAAUCUGAGGUCCAACAUUUUCCAAGGAGGACCAUUAGAAGCCAAAAGCUUAAUGAAGGAUUCUUAUACUCCUGAUGUAAUAAAGAGGGCAGUGCGGGACCCCAAACGUUGGCAUGGAAGGAAGACUGAUGAUCUAGGGAGAUGGUUCCAGAAAAAUGCCCUAAAUCUUAACCUGCAGAAAGCUUUGGAGCAAAAAUACGGGGAGAAGAACAAAGGUGGCAAAUCCUAAAAAGGCAUAAAAGAGGCAUAUGAGCCCUUAUCUGCCUCUCCCUAGCAGUGAAAUAAAUCUCAUUGCAAUCUA